AUGGCAGAAAUAAAACAAGCCUGUUAUGACAGUACGGGAGACGUAGAUUUGUGUCUUAUGAAAAUGAAGUUCUACUGUUCUACAAAGAAAUGUGAAGGUAAACAAGAAGCUCACGCCUUAGCGAGUAAACUCGAGAGGGCGGCGUUUCUAUGUAUUGCGAGAUUAGACGAUGAACUUCAAGAUGACCCAAAAGAAGUUAAAGCCGCUUUAAGGAAGGAAUUCGACAAAGAAUCGAUCGACCAUGAGAAAGCUGUCGACGAAUUACGAGGUUUAAGGCGAAAAGGCGGUGAAACACCACCACAGUUAGCGUGGAGAGUCGAGAAGGCUUACCCGGAGUUAUGCGCGUCAACAUACGGAUCGGCAAAGAAAACAAAGGAACAAAUGUCACAUGAUACUUUUUGGGAGCUAUUGACAAUGCAAUGAGUCUAAAGAUAAAGAGCGACAGUAAACAUCGAGAUUUAAAUUUAACACAACUUUCUGAAGAAUUAGAUCGGCUCGAGCUAAUUUAUAAAACAACAGCGCCAAAAGUAAACCUCGAAGUAAACAAUUUCAAAACGACAGGGGAAGCAGACGAAAUAUCGUUAAGAAGGAUAAUCAGAGAAGAGCUAGCAGCCGCCCUAUCCAAAGAAAACGAUGGAAGUCGGGAAACGGAAGACGAAACAAAACGUACGGUCGGGUUCGUUGGAAAGAGAAAUUUCCCGCCAAAACUAAGGAGUGGAAAAACCGGUAAAAAUCAAGCGUGUUUCCACUGCCAGUCGCCUGAACAUUUUCGGAAAGACUGUCCAUUUAAAGAUCUUUGUCAACGCUGCUGGCAAAAGGGCCAUACAGCACCAUCUUGCCAUGCUCCAAGCCCUCGCCCUUCGCCGUCUUUAAACUCCAAGCGGCUGGGAACAAUCGUCAGCAAAAAUAAAUUCGUUCUCAGCCGCGAAGAAAUUUGUUACAGCAGAGAGUUCAAGCAUGAGUUUAUUUGUGAUUCUGGAGCAGAGGUUUCAUGCAGUUAUUCCAACGACGUUAGCACAAGAACAUUACAUGAAAAUUCAACCAAUUACACGUCACGUAGAGAUGGCUAAUGGGACACACGCAGAAUGCAGAGGUGUGGUUCAAACAUCAGUUACGGUAGGGACAAAUAGUUGUAUAUUGAGUUUUUUUGUGGUAAGUGGUGUUCAAAACGGGAUUCUGGGCCUGGACUCUUUGGGGAAAUUGGGUGUAUCGUUGAACACAAGAAAAAAAUUGGCAACAAUAGAUGGGGCCCAACCCGUGUUACAACCGGAAGUAGAUACCCCACAGGAAAUGCUAAAGUGUUGCCACAUACGAGGUGCGUAAAGUCGUGAUAUUAAGCCAUUUGAAGAAAUAUUCAUUUGGGGUAAAUUGGAAGAUAAGAAUGAAAAACUUACUAGAGAUUCGUAUAUCGAAGGUACGGAACAUUUUCAGCAGAGAACUGGGCUUCUUACAGCCCCAAUAAAGAUUUCGGCAGAAAUGAUGAACGAUGAAAAUAAAAUCCCUAUAUACGUACUGAAUACUACUGAUAAAUCAAUCAGAGUUUAUAGAGAACAAACUGCGGCCACAAUUCAGAAACUGCCAAGUACCCACAACAUAGCACAUAUUUCAGAGUCAAAUAUGGGGGGAAAUAAUCCAUCAUCACAAUAUGACCCGGUCCCAGAAGUAUCAGUUGGUGAACAAUUGACAACACAACAAAGAGAAAACCUAGAAGUUUUAAUUCGAAAAAAUACACAAGUUUUCGACUACCCAGGAAACAGUGGGUUCGCCACAACAAUAGACCACACAAUACCCACAGCCGUAUCUGAUCCAAUUGUGUGCCACCCCAGACUACACAACCUGGGGUUAACACAAAAAAUUAAUGAAGCAGUAGGAAACCACGUAAAUUCGGGACAUUUGACACCCUCUAAGUGCCCUUGGGCAUUUCCAAUUUAUCUGUAUUGAAACCAGAUAAAACAGUUCGAUUGUGUGUAGACUACAGACCACUUAACAAAAUUACCCAGAAUGACCCAUAUCCAAUGGGAAUAUGCAAGAGGUCUUAGAUAAUCUAUCAGGUGCUAACUAUUUUAGUGUUAUUGACUUGGCCCAAAAUAAGUUAUUUGCAGGUCCCACUGGCCAAGGAAGAUCGACAAAAGACAGCGUUUCGAUCACCUACUGGGUUUUGGGAAUGGACAAGAAUGCCAUUUGGUUUAAAAGGAAGUCCGGCAACUUUUUCUCGGUUGAUGCAGAAGGUUCUAGGACACAUUCCACCACAUCGGUUGGCAUUGUACAUGGAUGAUAUCUGUAUUAUUAGCAAAACGUUUGAGGAACAUUUGGUAAAUCUCCAGGGAGUAUUUGAUGCAUUGCGACAGCAUGGAUUACGAGUUAAAGCUAAGAAAUGUGCUUUCGCAAUGAAAGAAGUGAAAUUUCUUGGACACAAAGUUUGCAACAAGGGUGUACAGCCAGAGGAACAUAAAGUAAAGGCAAUUCGUGCAUGGGUUGCACCAACUUGUCUUAAAGAGGUGCAAAUGUUUUUGGGUGCAGUUGGGUGGUAUCGGAAGUUUAUCAAGGAUUUUAGUACAAUUGCUCGACCAUUAACAUGGCUUUUGGAGAAAGAUGUCACAUUCACUUGGGGUAAUGAGCAAGGUGAUGCAUUCAAUACACUAAGACAUAAGUUGGUUAAAGCUCCAGUAUUAGCCCAUCCUGACCCCACUCGACCCUUUGUUGUUACCACGGAUGCAAGUAAAGUGGGUCUGGGUGGUGAACUAUCACAAGAAGAUCCACAAGGACAAUUACAUCCGGUUGCAUAUUUCAGUCGUACAUUGACCAAACGAGAACGUUCAUAUCCAACUUAUGACAGAGAAGUGAUGGCUAUGCGAGACACGCUUAAGCAUUUUCGGUAUUAUCUGUUAGGAGCACAAGUAGUGACGAGGACCGACCACAAACUUCUUCUAAAGAUCCUGGAACAGAAAGAUCCAUUUGGACGAAGAGCGACAUUGAUGAGAGAUAUAGCAGAAUUCGAACCACGCAUAGAGUUUAUUCGAGGGGAGGAUAAUCACAUGGCAGAUGCUCUUAGUCGGAUCUGA